AUGGCAGCCUGCUGCAUCCAGUACUUACUGCUCCUCUUCGUGCUGGGCUUCACCCCCUUCUCAGGUGCUCUGACAUGUUACAAGGGGGUCAUGUUGAAGCUUGGCACUGGCUUUGCUAAAAACGCUGUUGAGUGGUCUGCUCUGUCGACCAAAGUGUGUGAACCUGAGGAGUUAUGUCAGGAGACGCUCCUCCUCAUAGACGUAGGACCACGGACACUCCUAAUAGGGAGCAAAGGUUGCACCGGGCGUGGGGCAAAGGACAACAGUGGUGUCUCCGUGUACUCCCGGCCCCCUGGAAUGCUGGUAGCUUCCUACACACGCUUCUGUUCCUCCCACCUGUGCAAUGAAGCCAGCAGCAGCAGCGUCCUGCUGAGCCACCUCCCUCGUCCAACUGUCCCUCCCCCUGGAGACCUGCAGUGUCCCGUGUGUGUAGAGUUUUUUGGAUCCUGCUUUCCAAAUACCAAUUUUGUCACCUGCCCUCAGGGGACCACUCGCUGUUAUGAAGGGGGACUUGUGCUCCAGGGAGGUGGAGUGUCUUCCACACUGAGCCUUCAGGGAUGCAUGUCCUCACCUGCCAAAACCUUACUGGGUGGCUCUAAAACAAUCGGGAUUUUCUCCACAAAAGAACUCUCUGAGGAUGAAGAGGAAAAUGAUCAAAAGCCUCUGGGUAGAGGUGCCUCGGCCUCUUCUCUGGCUUGGGUGUUAGGGCUGGGGCUCUUCUUAGCCCUUUGUUUGUAGGGCUUUGUCCUCUCUGCUGAGCCCAUUUCCCUACAAUCCUUAAUCCCUGUUGGCCACCCAUACCCCGCCCUCCUCUGACGUCAUAACCUAACACCUUACCCUUGGAACCUUCUGCCCAU